UGAAAUUUGUAUUCUAUCUCCGAAUUCUGGUGUUAUUUCAGUGCCGGACGUCUUUAGUUUUCUUUUAUCUAUUGUAAUUGAAUUGCAUAAGAUAAAAUAUUCGACCAAAGAUCAAUCGCAUCGAAUUGAUUAAAAAAAUCAAUUGUGAUUGAAUGAAGAAAAGGCAAAUAGAAAAGUGUGCUAAACGAAAGAACUGUUAGAAUUGAAAACAACAAAUCAUCUUAUUCAAUAGAAAAUUCGACGCCAAUUGGAUUAACUACACUUUAAUUAUCUGGAUUGAAUAUUUGCGACAACCGCACUCGCGAAGAAAGAUCAACAAUUCCAAAAUAAAUCCCUCCUUCUUUAAUCCGAAAAAAUGAUGAUAUCACCUAAAAAUUGAGCAUAAUUUUUUUCACCAGUAAUUAUUUUAAACAGUUAACCGUGCAAAAUGUUUGAUUUGAAGAUGUGUUUCUUGGAUUUGAUGCGAAUCACGACGAAUGGACGACACAAGAAAACGGUAAAAGAGAUGUCAUCACGCAAACACCCCCAAUACAUGCACCAUAGAUUUAACGACACAAAUAGAAUUUAUUUAAAUGAAAAUAUAUCGAUGACAAGCCGAUGUAAUACCAUCAAAUUUUCCCGUUGUCCAACUGGAAAUUUCAAUCCAAAUGCCGUAAAUAUUUCACGAUCAUCUAGUAACCAGCAACCAUUGUAUGAAUGUAUGAUCGAUCCAAAGGGAAUAAAACAAUCGCUAUCACCAUCACCAUUGGGCAAAUCUUAUAGUCGAUUUUCAUUGAACGAAAGUCAAUUGCCAAGCAUUUCAAACCGUUUGCAUUCGGACUUUCUCGAUAGUUCAUCGGAUGAGCGUGUUGCAUCGACUGUUGAAGGAAUGUCAUCAUUUACCGAUUCUCCGUUGUCCGAUUCAUCAAUGCGAGAAGACGAAACCGAUGAUUAUUUUUGCAGUUACAGUGACUGCGGCCAAACGAUUGUCGAUACACACAGUGUUAAUGGCCUUGAUUCGUUUUGUACGCUGUGCACAUCAAGCUUCAGUUUCAAUCGAUGCAACGAAUGUGAAGAAUCAUCAUGCGGCUCGAAAUGCAAUGAUGACAGUAAAAAGCUGAUCGAUGACAAUGGAGGCGUGAGCGGCGGCGGUGGCGGUAGUUCUAGCGAAGCCAUCAGUAGCGACUGCGAAUCCGUACAAUUCCGACCAACACUGGGUUGUAACGCAGCAACGGAACUCAAUAUGCACACGCAUUUGGGUCCGCUUAAUUCAUCGCCAACACAUCCAUUGAUCGUGCCGUCAAUGGAUCGGCCUGGUGGCGGUGCUUUGCCUCUUUCGCUUUUUUAUGCUUCAGCUCGUGGAUGCUUAGACUGUGUAAGGCUCUUGGUAGAAGCAUCUCCAGAAAUCAGUGCAAACACACAAAUGGAUAUCAAUGAUGUGACCCCAGUGUAUCUCGCUGCGCAAGAGGGACAUUUAGAGGUAUUAAAAUUUCUCGUACUUGAGGCUGGCGGUUCGCUGUAUGUUCGUGCACGUGAUGGAAUGGCGCCGAUUCAUGCAUCUGCUCAAAUGGGCUUUUUGGAUUGCUUGAAAUGGAUGGUCGAAGAUCAAGGUGUCGAUCUAAAUUUACGUGAUGGCGAUGGAGCGACUCCACUGCAUUUUGCGGCAUCUCGAGGUCAUUUGUCAUGUGUACGUUGGUUGUUAAGCUAUGGUGCUAAAUUGUCACUUGACAAAUACGGUAAAAGUCCGAUUAACGAUGCUGCCGAAAACCAACAAGUUGAGUGUCUAAAUGCUCUUGUUCAACAUGGCACAGCUGCUGAAUAUAUGGAUUCGAAUAUGAAUAGCGUGAAUGGUUCACGCACCAAAACCGCAUCAAAAUCAUCAAAAGGAUCGUAUCACAAGAAAAUGUCUACGUCAUCGCAUAAUACGUUAAUGUCAAAAUCGUCGACUGGAAGCUCUGACACGGAACCAUUUUAUUUGCAUCCGCCAAGUAUUCGUCAAUCACAAGAUAACAUUUAUGGUGCGGCAAAUGCGCGAAAUUCAUCAUCGCCACCAGAAAUUUAUGGUGUUCCAAAUGAUGGUCUUUAUAUAAAUCCAAUGCGAAAUGGUGCGUUAACAUCACCCAGUCCAAAUGGAAGCGUAUCGGGCGAAUCAUUUUAUUUGCAUGACCCACAAGAGGUCAUUUACAAUCGUGUCAAAGAUUUAUUUGACUCGGACAGUGGUGGCAGUCACAAGGAUAGCUCGAACGAUAGCAGUAAUGGUGGCACACCAAAUGUCGUUGUGAAUGGUUCGAAAAUGCAUCCACCAAACGCGAUGACCGUUCAAGUGGAGGUGCAUUCGAGUAGCAGUGGAGCUGGCAGCGGAAGUGAUGAAAGCCUAUCGGUUUCAUCGGGUUCGGAUGAACUGCAACAGAAAAUCGCAUCUAGAAAUGGAUCACCGAGCACAAACAAUGUUGUCAAUAAUAAUUUGGUCGAACAACAUGAUUACGAAGACAUUUAUUUGGUGCGCGAAGAAGCACGUACUACAACUAAAACCAAAUACGGACCAGGACGCAGUCGAUCACGUGACAGUGGAUCACAUAGCCGAUCGGCAAGUGCUAGUUCAAAUCAUAGCGCUGAUAUUGUCGUCCAAUAUGCGGCCAAUAAUAAUCGUGACAAUUUGGUGACCAAGAAAAAUAAACUGAACGAAUCAAAUAAAGGCAAGUAUGAAAAUCCAAAAAAAUCUACUGACACGCAAUUGAACAACAUGGUGAGCAAUAACAAUGCCAUCGGUCAAAAAUCAAAUAAUAACGUAUUGAUCAACAAUAAUCAAUUGAAAAAUGAUACGUACGAAAGUGUGUGUUCGCCAGAAGAUACGGCCGAACGCACUAAAAUGGCACAAAGACAUUCGAUCGCGGUCAAUAACACAAUUUCCACAACAAACGCUCAUAUGUCAAACAGUUCAAUGCCAUCGAAUGCUAAUUGCAGUGGUAACAACAAUAAUCGCGUUUUAAAACGAGUCAUUUCGGCUCCUGUUGCAACAAUUGAGACGACGAAAGUUACUGGCCCACCACCACCACCUUUACCGCCACCACUGAAGGCGUCAAGUCAGGCAAAUAGUUUAGCAUCAAUGCAGAAUAAUGUGACAGAAGCAUCGCAAAGUAGUUCAUCGGCUGAAAGCGUCCCGAUCAAUGGGAACGACCGUGAUUCCGAUGAAAUUGAUUCAGAUUUUGGCUUAGAAGUUGUUGAAGAACCAACACUAAGACCGUCUGAACUAGUUCGAGGAAAUCACAAUCGAACUAUGUCAACCAUUUCCGCAAACAAGAAAGCACGGCUUAUCAAUGGUACAACGUCGUCACUACAACAUCAAAAUAGUAACGGCGGCGGUGGUAGUGCUUCAUCAUCCGACGAAUAUCAACCGUAUCAAGCACAAUAUUGUGCAUCAUCUGCUGCAGCAGCAUUAACACAAGGACAAACAAACAUUCAAUCUAGAUCAAACGGACCGAAUUUGGUGAACAAACAACUCGUUCUACCGUUCGUACCGCCGAGCUUUCCAAAUGGUUCACCAGACGGAUCAAAUCACCUAAUCAAACCAUCCGAAUAUUUGAAAAGCAUUAGUGAUAAACGAUCAUCAGCUUCUUCUGCACGGUCAACAGAUACAGAAGACUAUAUGAAAAUUGAAUUAGCAUCGAAUCAAACGGUUUGUCCGGAGCCGCCAAGACCGCCGCCAUUGCCACCACCAAUUGCUGCAAUUCCAACCACAAAUGGCGAAUCAAACGGUCAAAACUCCAAGACAAACACACUCAACAGCACAACUAGUAAUAUACCAGCACCACCUCCGCCCCAAGAUACAGCCACACGCAAACAACAACAACCACUCUCUGCUAUUUCCAUACAGGAUCUAAACUCAGUUCAGCUUCGACGCAUCGAAAAUAAACCGUUAGCAAAAACAUUUUCAACACCAACACGAAGCAUGAGCAUGCAAUGCUUAUCAUCGACCAAUGAAGCAUUUUUAUCGCAAAAAACUGACCUUAUCGCUGAAUUGAAAAUGUCAAAAGACAUCAAUGGCAUUCGAAAAAUGAAAGUAGAAAAGGCAAAAAUGGAAGGAUCGUAUGACAAAGACGCGUACACAGACAUUACCAAACAAUUUACAGCAACACAUUUUGUCGAAACGGUUCCUGAGAAAGAUAAUGCGGGCAACGUAAUACCGGAUUGGAAGCGUCAAAUGUUGGCAAAGAAAGCAGCUGAGCGUGCUAAAAAAGAGUUUGAGGUGCGAAUGAUCAAAGAAGCUGAAGAUCGACGUUUGUCGGCAAUUCCACAAUGGAAGCGUGACCUAUUGGCACGACGUGAAGAAGCCGAAAACAAGCUCAAAGCUGCGCUUUAUACUCCCAAAGUAGAAGAAACGUCCGUUCGCCUGUCGGAAUCAUGGCAUAUGCGUCAAGCGCAACGUGCCGUUUCAAUUGACAAUAUUAGCUUUAUAACCAGCGCAAUGGAGGACCGACAUAACUCCGCAUCCAAGGAUAUUAAUAGCAAUUUCUCAACAUUAAAUAACUCAAAUCAUUCAUCACAUAUUAACCAUAAUUCCAAUAAUUAUCAUAACAAUAACAAUAACAAUAGCAAUCAUAAAACUAACAACGAUGACAUUCGAAACAACAACAACAAUCAUAACACAAUUAAUAAUAACCAAACGUCCAAUACAAUUACAACCACCACUACUACCAUCACCACCAACACCAACAUCAACAACAACAACCAUAACACACCAAUUAAUGCAUCAACCGAUAAUUUACACAAAGCUAGUGACGACGAACCGGACAACAUAAUCCCAUGGCGAGCCCAACUACGAAAGACAAACAGCCGAUUGAGUUUGAUUGGAUGAGACGAGAGUGAGCGAACGAGCACGCGAAACAGUUUUAAGAUUUUAAGUGGAAAAUAAAUGAAAAAAAAAACACUAUUGGAAAAUGAAAACACAGCGAGUCAUAAUGCUAUAUAAAAAAAGGAAUGAUUUGUAUUUUUAGCGAUUAAGUGAACAUUUAUUAUUGCCGAUUUUCAUUGAGUAUCACUGAUUUAUAUAGAUUUAUAAUUUAUAGAGAAUUCACACGCUGUAUAUCGAAUUACAAUUUCUAUAUCUUUUGUUUUGCAUUGAACGGACAGAUACAUCGAAUCAAAAAAUCUAUUAUAAUAAACAAUUGAUUAUAUCCAUUAUAUUGCUUAUAUAAAUAUUACAAUUUUUUUAUCGAUUGACCAUUUAUACAAUUUACAUUCAAUGAGUUGAAUAAAGAUAAAGUAAUUUCAACAUUGAAGAUUCGACUAAAUUUACAAUGAUUAUUCACCACACGCAUGCUUUUAGAUUUACUACACUUUUGCAAGGCCUCAGCUCUGUGAUUUUAUGCUUUCUACUUAUUCAAAAUUAGAAUGUUAUUUCCUUUGCCCAAAUUAUUGCGGUUAAUUUUAUGGCUUCAUUAAUUUCUAGAACAUAUUUUUUUAUCAUUUAAGAAUAACUCUAUUCUUUUCAUUUAUAAAUGGUUGAUCGUUUUGUUUUAUAUCUCCUCACCAAUCGCGUUGAGAACCAUUUUCAGCACAUUUGUACUUCCCAUAUCAGUUUUACAAAAAAAUGUUGAUUUCGUCAAAUGACGAACUAAUAACGGAAUCAAAGAUUUAUUUGCAAUACUAGAGUUUAGCUUAGAAUUUUUCAAACUACUUAGUAAAUUAAAGAUUUUUUUAAAUAAAAAUAAAUUUGUUAUGAAAAUAAAAUCAACAAAAUGGUGACUUUUAUUUUUUCGUUGGAAAAUUGAUUGCCUGUUAUUGUUUUUGGAAUUUCGAAUAUGGAAACACUUGUUCAGAUCAAGCCAUCAAACGGAAAAUCAAUAGCAUUUUUAGUUGGAGCAACUUCGUAUAAACAAUUCAAUCUUGUUUAAAAUAUCCAUUCACAAUUAAAAUAACUGAAUGAAAGAUAACAUGCAAACAAUUUAAAACGUCCAAAGAAGUCUUUUGUAAAUAAGCGAUUACAUUUGAUUCGACAAUAAUAAUUUGAAAUAAUACAUAUAGUUUUUCCGAGUUCGGAACAUUUU